CUACCGAAAGUCGUCACGGAGGCGAAGAAGAAGAAAGAAAAAAUAACAGGAAGCGUGGAUUAUAGGAGGAUAGUUCGUAAACUUGUCCACGAGUUAUUUUGACUCUAGAAGCUCGUUUCUGCUAAUUAUUCAAACUUUAAUUCGCUGGAAAGAUAAACCGCAAAUAUCCGUGGAUAACCGACAAAAUCUUGGCACAGUCUAGAGACAUGUCGAGACAGAUGGGAGACAGCCAUCGACGGUUCCUACAGACCAUGAUGGCCAAUGGCAUCGUUGAUGAACAAGGCGCGAGGACGCUCUAUCAAUAUUGUUGUGAAACCCACAACACACAGCACCCUCCCGACAAGCUGGAUGAUUUCAUUGAUGCCAUCAACUCAAAUCUGCAGCCUAUGUUCAUGCAGAUUAGAAAAGGGAUGUCUGAAGACAGCGGUCACCAGUUCUACGCCUUGGUGAACAUGACUGAGACUGUUGUCACUAGAAUGUCGUCAGAUUAUGCCGACAAUGAGCUGGAGCUGUUCAGGAAAACGAUGGACCUGAUCGUGGUCUCUGAGAAUGGCACGGCCUCUUCCACUGACGUUCUGAACAGCGCCGACACCCUGACCACCAAAAAGCUGAAGAAGAGCGAGACGGAGCACCUCUUGAACCGACUCGUGCACGACAAAUGGCUCAGUGAGAAACGCGGUGAAUACACUUUGUCCACCAGAUGUAUUAUAGAGAUGGAGCCAUACAUUCGUGCAAUGUACCAGGAGCAAAUCAAAGUGUGCCACAUCUGUCACAACAUCGCCUUCCAGUGCCAAAUUUGUGAGAAUUCUGCUUGUGGAAUAAAAAUACACAACCCAUGUGUGGCCCGAUACUUCAAAGGAAGAGCAGAGCCGCGGUGUCCAGCUUGUGAGGACUUUUGGCCACAUGAAAUCCCUGGUACUUAUUGUUUAUUUACACACAUAUUGGACCUACCAUCAUUACAUAGAUGCACAUUUAAAUGUCUCACAUGCAAUUACUACAUGCUUCCUAAAAACUGCCACCUUCCACAUCUGUUCCCAGGAAGUUUUGCUUUUCAAAGAUCACAUUUUAUAUAUUUAUAUUUUUGUAAAGUAUAUUAGAAUGACGCGUAUUAAAACAUAGAAUGAAAAUGAAUAGAUGUAUGAAUGGCAGGUGACUAAAACAAGAAAAUGCUUGUAUGUUUCAUAUAUUGAUUGUUCU